CGCAUCUUUCCUUGCCCUCACCUAACAUUUGAAUAUCUCUCACUUCAACAUCAUGCCGCCCCGCCCCCGCCCCAAAGCUGUCCCCUCGACAGACUACACACCUUCUACGCUUCCUGCCGACCAUCAUCUGGUGCGCCUUGGCGGGCCCCAGGGCUCGAAUCAAUUCGCGACGGAGAUCGAGGGCGAGCCCGAGCUUGUUGACAUGCCCGCGCGUGUGCGCCGGACAGCUUUCGCUGCUCGGGGGUCCUUCGCCAUUGUCCAGCUCUAUCCAAAGGUGGAUGACCGCGUAGCAGGCGAGAUCGUUCACAUAGUCACCGGAGCAGAGGUCAAAGCCUGGCGCAAAGUUGGGGAAUGGCCGAAGAAGUUUGAUGAGGCAAUGGCCGCUGAACAGGCGCGACCUUCCGCGCAGCGUGAGGCCAACGAGGAGGAAGACAGUGACGCCUCCUUGCCAGAGAACACCAACCGCCGAGUCGUCCACGCCGAGCCCAGCAGCGACGAAGAAAGCGACGGCGAAUAGCGCAACGUUGCUUCCCAGCACGGGCCGUUCGUGUCUUAUCAUCAUCGCACUGUUGUGCACAGUCGUUUCAGCCCAGGCGCCUCUGCCAGGUGCGUGUCGCGCCCUUUGAAGCGCGUCCGAGAAGCAAAGGCAUCGAGGACGUAGCGACUCAGAGCUACAUGUAAUGGUUCGACCCCCG